UUUCGCACGUUACUAUUUUUACGAAACAAAUUCUUCGAUACUCAAUUAGGGCUGCAAAUAAAGCAGCUUCAACAUCCAUGGAUGUACCGAAAGGCUUUCUUGCUGUCUAUGUUGGAGAGAGCCAAAAGAAGAGAUUUCUGGUUCCAGUUUCCUAUUUAAGGAACCCUUCAUUUCAGGCUUUGCUUAGUAAAGCUGAAGAAGAGUUUGGCUUUGAUCAUCCAAUGGGUGGUUUGACAAUUCCCUGUAACGAAGAAACUUUCUUCAACAUCACCUCUCAUUUGAGAAGAUCAUGAACGAAUGCAUUUAGAUUUCUCAGAGAAUAGAUUUUCAUAGCUGAUUGUAAAGUUUUAGGCUCUAUAGAAUCAUACUUAAUUCAUAAACAGGCUUUUUUCUUAUGUAUCCCCUCUAAUUUUGUU